GCAACCCCUAUUAUUUUUUCCUUUUAACAACAUUGUACGUAAAGGCAGUGUUAGAUAGAUAGAAUGAGGUAGUCUUUUGGUACCGUAGUUGCAUGAAAAUACACAAACCCAAAGCAAAAGGGGUGUCGUAUUGGGACCUCCCUCUUCAGUAUAAAGCAAAGUGUUCCCUCCUUCUCUUGUUCGAAACCAGCUAAGCUCUCUCUCUCUCUCUCUCUCUCUCUCUCUCUCUCUCUGAGUUCGGGAAAGUGCAAUAGAAUCCCUCUCCAACCUAUAAAGAAAACCAACCACAGCCCAUAAUCCUCUGAAGUAAAAGAUAAAUAAAUAACAAAAACCAAUUUCUUUCCUUAGCCUUCCCUCUAUUCUCUCUUCUCAUCUCUUCUUUGUCUACUUAUAUAGCCCCCAUUUUCACCCCAAUCAUCAAGCAAUCAUAGGCUUCUCUGUUUUCCUCCUUCAUCUAUCUGUGAUAGCACUGUAAGGCUUAUUUACAUAUAUAGAUCGAUAUAUAUAUCCCCUUCCUUGCUACUAUGUCAUGAAAUACACAUACAAGGAUAUUUGAAAUAUGGGUAGGGGUAGUGGAAGUUGUUCCUGUCUUCCUAGGUUGUUCUGUGGUCGAGCACUUGCAGUGGUGGGGCUUGUCAGUCUUCUGGUUGUUGGAAGCUUGGGUUCUGUUCUUGGAACCACACUAUCUUCAGAAGAAAGACUCGAGCAUGAGUUUGUCUUGGGUCGUACUGACAGUGAUCAUAAACAUGUGAACCAACAAGAGUUGGAUUUUAACCACAUGAGCAAAAGAAGAGUUCCCAAUGGCCCUGAUCCCAUCCACAACAGGAGAGCUGGAAACUCUGGUCGACCUCCUGGUCGGGCUUAGUGAACAGGGAAUCCGACAAGAAGAUGAUGACACAAGAUGUUAACCUUGUACUUGUGAGCAUGGGACUUUUUAUGUUUUGUGUAAUAUCUCUGAGCUUCUUAGGAUUCCAGAUUGCAUGCGAGGGUGAAUUUUUCAUAAGGAACAACAGAAAAAUAAACUCAAAAGAAUCAAACUCAGAUCUCAGUUUCUGCAGGAGCUGCAAUUUAGUGGAUUUUAUUUUUAUUUUUUUAUCAAACUUUCGAACUUGUCUUCUUGUGUGUGGGUGAGAGAGAGAGAGAGAGAGAGGGAGGGAGAAUAGUAUCACAAAUUCCAAGGAGAGUUUGCAUGUAAAGCACAUAAGAAACGUAGCUUUAAAAGGCACAAAGAGAUAACUCAAAGAAGAAGACAUUGGAGCAGAGCAGCCAUGCAUGCAUGCUUUGGAGGACUAGAUGAAGUUAACAUCAAGUACAAGUCUCUAUGUCCCAAAAGAGAAACGUUACAGCUUUGGCUUUGGUUUGUUUGUUCACUAUUAAUUGUUUUGGAAUAUCUGUUUUUCCUUUGUUUUUUUUCCCAAUCUGUAUUGUUUAUUAUUGUAAAGAGAAUAGAGGCAUGAGUUCUUCCUGAAGUAAAGCAAAUCCCACCGUUUAAAGUUGUUGGCGCACCUGCAAAAGAAGAGUUUUUGCA